AUGACCGGAAUCGGCAAGACUACUCUCGUCAAACAAGUUUACAACGAUCCGCGUGUUGUAAAGGAGUUCGAAACUCGUUUAUUUCUGCACAUCGGCCCAAGCUAUAAUCUAUUGGAAGAUAUUCUACUGCUUGUUCUCAAUCAACUUGGCGUCAACAUUUCUGAUAAUGUUGUUGACGAUAAAUAUGAUUAUUUGAAGAAGCGAUUGAGGGAGGCUUUGUCUAGUAAAAAGUAUCUAAUUGUGUUAGACGACGUAUGGUCUGUUUUCCGGCAUGAGCUAAAAUAUGAUGCUUUCCCAAAUAACACAAGAGAAAGUCGCGUCAUCAUCAUAUCUCACGUCCAACCCGUAAGGUAUUACAACUACGAAACCCAUGACUUCCUAGUACCAUUGCUGAAGGACGAAGAAAGUUGGAAACUACUUCGUCAAACGGCAUUUAGUAAUAGUGAAGAAAAGUGCAAUCGAGAACUUGAGAAAAUCGGGAAACAGAUUGCCAGGAACUGCGAAGGACUCCCAGCUGCAAUUAUACAAGUUGGAGAGAACCUGCGCGGUAAGUCGUUCGAGGAAUGGAAGACAUUAUCGGAAAAUGAAGAUCCAUUCGUCAUCACAAGAGAUGACAAUACACCCCUCUCAAUGUCACUAUAUUUUAGUUACUUGAUGUUGCCUCAAUAUCUAAAGGCAAGCUUUCUCUAUAUAGGUGUGUUCCCAAAACAUUAUGGUAUUUCUCGAUCCAAGCUCAUCAAAUUAUGGCUUUCUGAGGACUUGGUCAUUCAUGGUUAUGAUGAAGAAAAAACUGUUGGAGAUGACUUGGAUCUACUUAUUCGCCAUGCUGUUGUUUUGGGAGAAAAGCAGACAUCUGUAGAUUCUAGGUCAACUAAGAGUUGCAGAUUGCAUUUCACCUUUCGGAGUCUAUGUGUUAAUGAAGCUAAGAGUGAAAAGUUUUUCCAUAUCCUCAAAAAGUACACCGAUUGUGAGCCAGAGAACAUCCAAAGGCAGCAGCGUUUGUGCGUCCACAAUAAUGUUGUUCUUGCUUUCACACAAGUUCAUGAAUGGAUGGAAUCAGUUCCAAAUGCACGAUCACUUCUCUGUUACGGUCCAAAACAACAAUAUCCAGUCUUGUUGCCCUUGUGUUUAAGGUUGCUCAAGAUACUAGAUGCACUUGCGAUCCGCUUCUACGAGUUCCCACAUCAAGUUCUUGCAUUAAUUCACUUAAGGUAUUUUGCCAUCACGUGUGACGGAGAGCUCCCCAACUCCAUAUCAAGACUUUGGAACCUCGAAGUCUUGAUUUUGGGUCAACAUCAUAACAUAAAAUUGUGGAAUAAUGGUCCAGUUUACCUGCCUAUAGAGAUCUGGAAUAUGCAUAAACUAAAAGAACUUUACUGCAAGGGCUUUGACCUGCCAACUCCUCCUCUCGGUGAUUCUUAUCUUCAGAAUCUCUUCACAAUUUCAGGUGUGAGUGUUCACAGUUGUACUAUGGAAGUGCUUUCAAGAAUCCCCAAACUAAAGAGAAUAGCUGUUCAGAUCGAGUCAGCACACGAGUCAAUCGAAACCUUCAGUUUUUUCGGUCAUUUUGCCACUCGCUAUGAUGAAUUUGAGUCAUUGAAAUGCGUUGUUGUAAAUCCUAAUCUGAGCUCUCAUGUUGUUCGUUGUGUUCCAAAAUUUCCUAUGAACAUUACAAAGAUAAGUUUGCAUGGAUGUGGAUUACCGUGGAAGAAUAUGGGGGUGAUUGCAGCAUUACCAUAUCUUAAAGUGCUCAAACUGCGAUGGUAUGCCUUUUGCGGCCCUCACUGGAUAGUCAACAGUGGGGAGUUUCCCAGGCUUAGGAUUCUGCUACUUGAAGACUUGGAUAUAGAGCACUGGGAGUCAAACAAUAAAGGGCUUCAGAGGUCGGGACUUCAUCCGGAACAUUUGAUUGUUAAGCAUUGCUAUAAAUUGAAAAACAUCCCGGGUCGAUUCCUUGCCGGCAUAGUAGAGGUGGAUGAUUGCAGCAUAUCCCUGGUGGAAAAAAUGCGGGAGUGGCGAUCCAUUGACGUUAAAAUCCAUUCUUCAACUACUGAUCUAUAA